GCCCACAUCAGCAUAUCUCCUGCCUCUGCCACUAAGUUUUGUCUCUCUUGCUGCUUUUUAACAAAAAAAAAAUCAUAACUUUCUCUUUAAAUUCUUUCACUCUGGGCUUUUAGUACUUUCUUGUUCAAGAAAAACCCCAGUUUGAAGAUGGAUGGUGUUUUGAAACCUAUGGAUGCUGAACAGCUGAGAGAGAAUGCACAUAAGAUGGUAGAUUUCAUUGCUGAUUACUACAAAAAUAUUGAAACUUUCCCUGUGCUUAGCCAAGUUGAGCCUGGGUACUUGCGUGACCUACUUCCUCAUUCUGCACCUGAUCAGCCUGAAUCUUUGCAAAAUAUUCUUGAUGAUAUUCAGGCAAAAAUAUUACCAGGGGUUACCCACUGGCAAAGCCCAAACUAUUUUGCUUAUUUCCCAUCUAAUAGCAGUGUGGCGGGUUUUCUUGGAGAGAUGUUGAGUGCUGGUAUUAAUAUGGUGGGGUUUAGUUGGAUAACCUCUCCCGCGGCCACAGAACUUGAAAUGAUUGUUCUAGAUUGGCUUGCCAAACUACUCAAGCUUCCAGACCAUUUCCUCUCCACAGGACAGGGUGGUGGAGUAAUACAAGGCACUGCUAGUGAAGCUGUUCUAGUUGUACUUCUGGCUGCCCGUGACAAAGUUUUAAGAAUAACUGGAAAAGAUGCCCUUGGAAAGCUUGUGGUGUAUUGUUCAGAUCAAACUCAUUCUGCUUUACAGAAGGCCUGUCAGAUAGCGGGAAUACAUCCUGGGAACUGUCGGGUGCUAAAAACCGAGUCAUGCAAUGAUUAUUCCCUCUCACCUGAAACAUUUGAACAAGCUAUCUCAACUGAUGUUGCCUCUGGGUUGAUUCCCUUGUUAUUAUGUGCCACGGUUGGUACUACUUCAUCAACAGCUGUGGAUCCUUUGCUUGAACUAGGAAAAAUUACCAAGAUGAAAGGAAUAUGGUUGCAUGUGGAUGCUGCAUAUGCUGGAAGUGCUUGCGUGUGUCCAGAGUUUCGUCAUUACAUUGAUGGAGUUGAAGAAGCUGACUCGUUUAACAUGAAUGCACAUAAAUGGUUUUUAACAAACUUUGACUGUUCAGCCUUGUGGGUUAAGGAUCGCAGUGCGCUGAUUCAUUCAUUGUCAACGAAUCCCGAGUUUCUUAAGAACAAAGCUUCACAAGAAAACCUGGUUGUGGAUUACAAAGAUUGGCAAAUUCCUCUUGGACGACGAUUCAGGUCGCUGAAAUUGUGGAUGGUACUAAGACUAUAUGGCCUGGAAAACCUUCAAUCUUACAUCAGAAACCACAUUCAGCUAGCUGCAACAUUUGAAAGUUUUGUCACUGAAGAUCCAAGAUUCGAGGUCGUUGCCCCUCGGAAGUUUGCACUAGUUUGUUUUCGUCUUCUGCCUCCCUCACAUAAAGAUGAGGAUUGUUCUAACCAACUGAACCGUGACCUAUUGGAUGCAGUGAAUGCCACCGGAAAAGCCUUUGUUUCUCAUACGGCUCUUUCAGGAAGAUAUGUAGUUCGAUUUGCAAUAGGAGCUCCAUUAACUGAAGAGAGCCAUAUAAUUGAAGCAUGGAAGAUUUUCCAAGAAGUUGCCACUGUUUUGCUAAAAUCUCUUAAGAUGAAUCACACAAGGCCUUUGAACUAGAUGAAGCUUGUCUCAUUAUCUACACCGUCACCGAUUAAUGUGGAAGCUGAAUUUCCAGUUUCCAUAACAUUCUUGAUACCUGAGAAGAAACUUACUGAAAAUGGAAACAAGUAUAAAUAAAUGAGCAAUUGCAUCUUCUUAUAAAUUGUCAGCAUCAAAUAAAAUUUGUAUAUCCAUAA